CAGGAGUGGGAAAGGACAGCGGGAGAGGUAGGAGCCCCACACACACACACCUCCCCCCCCCGCAAGAAGUCCUUCCCGCAGCAGGAUGGGGAAGAUGACAGGGGGAAGAAUCAGAGCAUCAGGAUGAACGUGCUGCCAGGAGGGGGAGCAGCACAAACCCGAUGCAACCACAACAACAACAAACUCCCAGAGCCUCGCAGCUGCAGCAGCGGCGGGGAAGCCGGGCCGAGCAAGGACAUCACCGAAUGUGACAAGACCAACGGGGAUCACAGGGCGCCGGGCAGCGUGCACUCACCUCCUGCCAUGGACACUCCCAGCAAGGAGCAGAGAGCGGACGGCAGCGCAGGGCCGCCCAGACUGAGAGCGGAGGCGGAGGACGAAGCGAGCCGGAGUCGCCAGCAGCAGAGCGGCAAAGAGCACAACUCGGUGGGUUUUAAGGUGGAAGCGGCAGGAGCGGGGGACGACGCGAUGCUCGGCCAGGAAGGCGAGGAAUUCCCGCGGUACAGCACCAUGCAGAGUCACUUCACCGCCCUGCUCCAGCCCGGGGUGAACAAGUUCUCCCUGCGGAUGUUCGGCAGCCAGAAGGGGGUGGAGAAAGAACAGCAGCGGGUCAAAACUGCUGGCUAUUGGAUUAUCCACCCGUACAGCGAUUUUCGGUUUUAUUGGGACUUGAUAAUGCUGAUGCUAAUGGUUGGAAAUCUGAUAAUUAUUCCUGUGGGAAUCACCUUCUUCACUGAGUCAACAUCAACCAUUUGGAUUGUUUUUAAUGUGGCAUCUGACACUUUCUUCCUUUUGGACUUGAUUGUCAAUUUUAGAACUGGAAUUGUUGUCGAAGAUAAUGCCGAAAUCAUACUGGACCCAAAUGUAAUCAAGUGGAAAUACUUAAAGAGCUGGUUUAUCAUUGAUUUUGUCUCUUCUAUACCAGUGGAUUAUAUCUUCCUGAUUAUAGAAAAGGGAUUUGAUUCUGAUGUUUACAAGACUGCCAGAGCACUGAGAAUUGUGAGAUUUACAAAAAUUCUUAGUCUCUUGCGAUUAUUAAGACUUUCAAGACUUAUACGAUAUAUACACCAGUGGGAGGAGACUAUGAUUUUUCAUAUGACAUAUGAUUUUGCCAGUGCAGUGGUGAGAAUAUUUAAUCUCAUUGGAAUGAUGCUUCUAUUAUGCCAUUGGGAUGGUUGUCUGCAGUUUCUAGUUCCAUUACUUCAGGACUUUCCCCCUGAUUGUUGGGUGUCCCUAAAUGGUAUGGUUAAUGAUUCAUGGGGGAUGCAGUAUUCAUAUGCACUGUUCAAAGCUAUGAGCCAUAUGCUUUGCAUAGGCUAUGGAGCUCGGGCACCAGUGUCUAUGUCUGAUCUCUGGAUAACCAUGUUGAGCAUGAUAGUGGGAGCCACGUGCUAUGCAAUGUUUGUUGGCCAUGCGACAGCUCUCAUCCAGUCAUUAGAUUCAUCAAGACGACAGUACCAGGAAAAGUACAAGCAAGUGGAACAAUAUAUGUCUUUCCACAAGCUGCCUGCUGAAAUGCGGCAAAAGAUUCAUGACUAUUAUGAGCACCGCUAUCAAGGCAAGAUCUUUGACGAAGACAAUAUUCUAGAAGAAUUGAAUGAUCCACUUAGGGAGGAGAUUGUCAACUUCAAUUGUCGGAAGCUGGUUGCAACAAUGCCCCUGUUUGCAAAUGCUGACCCAAGUUUUGUGACUAGCAUGCUGAGCAAACUACGAUUCGAGGUGUUUCAGCCUGGAAAUUACAUUGUUCGAGAAGGGUCAAUUGGGAAGAAGAUGUAUUUCAUUCAGCAUGGGGUGGCUACUGUUAUCACCAAAUCCAGCAAAGAAAUGAAGCUAUCAGAUGGUUCUUACUUUGGAGAAAUCUGCUUACUCACUAAAGGACGGCGUACUGCCAGUGUGAAAGCUGACACCUACUGUCGACUCUACUCCCUCUCUGUGGACCAUUUCAACGAAGUUCUGGAGCAAUACCCAAUGAUGCGAAGAGCGUUUGAAACUGUGGCAAUUGACAGACUGAACAGAAUUGGGAAGAAAAACUCACUCCUUCUACAUAAGGUCCAAAGAGAUCUGAACACUGGUGUUUUUGAUAAUCAAGAGACUGAACUACUCAAAAAGAUGGUAAAACAAGACCGAGAGAUGGUGCAAUUGACGGAAACGCCUCUUAAUACAUCAUUCAGUAUAUUUCCUCCAUUCUCUGUCAACUCAGUCAUCAGAGCUUCUUUGCAGUCACAACCACCAAACAUAGCUCAGUUAGAUUUUCAGCAGACUUCUUCACCAAAUUUGAAUACCAAUUCACCAUCUUCUCAGUCGUACACUAGACCACCCCAGCUGGUUCACUCUGCAGCCAGCCAGAGUUCCCCCACACCCAGCCCACAGGCAGUGGUGCCAUCACCGAGUUCUUUUAACGCUGUAGUUUCCAGUCCUUCCGUUCAGAGUCCAUUGGCAAGCCGAACUUUCCAAUAUGGUUCACCAACUGUGUCACAGAUGUCCUUGAUGCAGCAGGCACAAACCCCAACUCAACGGCGCGAUUCCAACAAAAGCACACAGGGUUUGCAAACAAGCAGCCUAAGCAGAGAAGCAAGACCCCUCUCAGCAUCGCAGCCCUCUCUGCCUCAUGAGGUGACACCAUUAAUUGUCAAACCGCAUCCAUCUUCGGGAGAAUUGUUAGCAGCGGUACCUGUCUCCAGUACGCAGAGUACCGGACCUCAAGGAGGAAUCCGAAGCACUGUUCCUCAAAGAGUGGCCCUCUUCCGGCAUAUGUCCUCAGGAGCUCUACCACCACUUCGAGGACCACAAGUAGCCUCACCAGCCCAAAAGAGGGAGACAUCUACAGCCUUAAUUACAGAUACUAAUCAAGGAAGACCACGAUUUCCCUCUAAUUUAUGACCCUAAUUGUUUUGUUCAGUGUCGAUUUGUUAUCGUUAAUUACUGAGAUUCUUCACCAAUGUCAAUUACAAGGUAACCUCAUCGCUCAUGAGGAUAGUCUUAUCACCUUCUGACAGAUUGGACACUGCUGUCCUCAAUUACAUGCACAGCUCAACGAAUGUAAAA